GGAACCUUCCCGCUGCGGCUGCCAGUCGGACUCGGACGGGUUUGACCGCGACACCAACGCGACAACUUAAACCCGCUAACGUUAGCUGAAGCUCCGCGAGGAAAAUGAGCACCAAACAGGUGACCUGCAGGUAUUUCCUCCACGGCGUGUGCAGAGAGGGAAGCCGCUGUCUGUUCUCCCACGACCCCAACAACAGCAAACCCUCCACCAUCUGCAAGUUCUAUCAGAGGGGGGUCUGUGCCUAUGGAGAGCGCUGCAGGUAUGACCACAUCAAAGCUUCAUCUAGAGGGGGAGGAGCUCUAGAGGAUCCCACAGCUGGAGGAGGGGCUGGAGGCGGACCUUCAGUCAGAGGCGGAGUUAAGAAGACGCCGGUCCUCAGAGACAGAGUCCUGGGUGUAGACAGCAUGUUUGGGGGUCCAGCAGACAGUUUUGGGUCGGAGGUCAUGGCAGCGGCGGCGUCUACUCACUCGUACGUGGACGCCAUCAGGACGGGUCUGGAUGCUUCAGCACAGGACCAAGCUCCUCCCCCUGUGGGCGGGGCUUACCCUAACCCCCCCCCGCUGUGUCCCUACGCUGCCGCUGGACACUGUUUCUACGAAGACAACUGUACGUAUCUCCAUGGCGACCUGUGUGAGGUGUGCAGGCUGCAGGUUCUCCACCCCCAUGACCCCGAGCAGAGGAGAGCGCACGAGAAGAUGUGUCUGCUGGCCUUCGAGGCCGACAUGGAGAAGGCGUUUGCAGCCCAGCUGAGUCAGGACAAGGUGUGUUCUAUCUGCAUGGAGCUGGUGGUGCAGAAGCUGAACCCGUCAGAGCGCCGGUUUGGCAUCCUGUCCUCCUGCUGUCACACCUUCUGUCUGGCCUGUAUCCGCCAGUGGCGCUGCACCCGCAACUUCAGCAACAAGAUCGUCAAGUCGUGUCCCGAGUGUCGGCUGGUCUCAGAGUUUGUGAUCCCGUCUGUUUACUGGGUGGAGGAUCAGGACGAGAAGGACCAUCUCAUAGAGCUCUUCAAGUCUGGAGUCAGUAAGAAGGCCUGUAAGUACUUUGAUCAGGGUCGGGGGUCCUGUCCAUUCGGAGGGAAGUGUUUGUAUCUUCAUGCCUUCCCAGACGGAACCAGAGCAGAACCGGACCGGCCACGCAAACAGCUGAGCUCUGAGGGGAACGUCCGGUUCAUGAACAACGUGCGUCUGUGGGACUUCAUCGAGGAGCGCGAGCAGCGCCCAGCCCUGCCCCUGCCGUCCCUGGAUGAUGACAUCACAGAGCUAAGGGAGCUGUUCAUGCAGAUGUCUGGGCCGAGCCAGGACGGGCCGGAGAGCCCCACCGCCACUGACCCGUAGACACGGGACCGAGUCUCUGAAAUAUUAAAUCAUGUAAUCAAUCUGCUGUGUAGUCUGGGAAAACUAACUCCAUCAUGUCCAAGAGUCUGGUGAUUGAUAGAUCAUUGCCAUUUUAUUUAACGUGUAAAUAUUAAAUACAGAGUCGGUGUGAAGUCA